AUGGAUGAAGAAAUACAUGUUUUGGUAAAUAAUGUGUCGAUUUGUUACCCAAAGGAAAGACCGGAAUAUUUCACAGAAAUCCCGAAUUUAUCGCAAUUUAUUGAAUCCAUAAUUAACGUCAAUAUCAAAGCCUGUACGCGACUCACGGCACUUGUAUUGCCCCGAAUGGUAGCCAAAGGCCGGGGAGUUAUCAUUAACCUAUCAUCCAUGUCGGCCCUCUAUCCCAUACCCCUACUGGCUAUCUACUCGGCCACCAAAGUAUAUAUCGACUACUUGUCCCGAUGUUUACACCAGGAAUAUAAAAGCAAAGGGAUUGUCAUACAGAGUCUGAUGUCCACCAAUAUGUCCCAUAAUAUGACGCCGGCACAUGACCUUGUGGAGAGUGUCCUAAAAAUGUGGGUCGGGAGUCGAGAACUGCUGCAUACUUUUGGCAACGAUUACUCGUUUAUCACUAUUAUUUCUACGGCUUUUGGUCGCAGGCCUUAG